UUCAAGUACUCCCUUUAGCACAUCCUUGCAGUGUGACCCUGGAUAGGUCACUUAACUUCACAACUCUAGCCCUAGACAACCCUUCAAGACUAUUUCAGAAGAGGUGUCCACCUGCAUUGAUAAAACUCCAUGAAAGCCAAGAGGAGGAGCCAAACUUUCUCCUGGAGUUCGACAGUGCAGUGUCUGGGCCUUUUCAGAACCACCUAAAACUCUAUAAGAUCCGAAGGAGAGUCAGCAUCAGCCCAUGCCCCGACUUAUCUCUCUGGGCCAUCCUCCCACAAACAGCAGCUGAUGGCCAGGCAAUGCCUUUGCUGGAGAAAGGCAGCCAACCUGUGGUUCUCACCCCAGACCCCAGAGCGGCAUGCAUGGGCUGGAGGCUAAUCAUCCGUGGGGAAGAUGUGGCCCAACAUGUGAUUCCCACCACCCAGGUUAGAAGCACUAAGGACUAUCAUAGACACAGGUAUCAAAAAGGAAUUCCUGAAGGGAUCAAAGAUCUGCCACCUGGGGUGGCCCUGCCCUUGGAAUCCAACCUGACCUUCAUGAAUGGGGUCAGCUUCACCAAAGGCUGCUACAUUGGACAGGAGUUGACUGCUCGGACCCAACAUAUGGGAGUCAUCCGCAAACGCCUUUUCCCUAUUAGGUUUUCAGCCCCCGUCACAGCAGAAAGCCUCUCUGCAGGGGCCGCUGUCCUCACCGAGUCAGGGAAGCAGGCUGGGAAGUACCGGGCAGGGGAGGAUGAUGUAGGAAUCGCUUUGCUUCGGUCCGAGAAAAUCAAGGUGCCCCUUCACAUCAAGACCUCCAAAGGUCACCAAGUGAACAUCAUCCCAUCUGUGCCAGACUGGUGGCCUAAAGCUAACAAGUAAUACCAACCCCCAGGUAGUGCCCAUCAAUUUUAUUUAACUCGUGUGUGUGGACACUCUAUGUGUGCAGUCUUCCUCUCCACUCCUUAGUGGUGGGGAGGGAGAGUGUAUGGGGACGGGCUUGCCUCUUUGCUGCUGCAGCUGGUAUCACUGUAGUUAUCCUAUGCCCUCAAACAGAUGGAACUCAGGGUCAUAUCCCUCUCAGGACAAGACCAGCUAGUCUGGAAUUCCCUAGGUAAGGACAAAAGGGUAAUGCUUGCCUGGGGGCCAGAGAGCUGAGGCCUGAGACAAGAGAAGAGCAAGUAACUAUGGGCCCUGCUAGCUAAGAACUGCACCAGGGGGAGAACCAGGCAUAAUCAGAGAGGCCAAAGCGAUGGGGUUCAGCUAAAAUGGAAGGAACCGAAGUUCAGGGAAUGCCACAGAGCUGAUGCUUCCUCUGAAUGCAAGUUCCUUCCCAGGGGAUUUAGUUUUGUUAUUGCAGCAUGCCCCUCCUGCUGGUGCUGAUGAACUCCCUGUUUCCCAGGUGAACCCUGUGGCCUCCCAGGGACUUAGCCAAAUAACCAGGCCAUGUGCCAGGGAGCUGGUUAAAACAGAAUUUGCCUAGCACUUGGAUUUUCUGUUAAUACUUUCCUGAAAAUAUCUUCCUUUUGAACAAAACCAAAUAAA